CUGCAGGGAAAGUUCCGUAUGGGUUAUAUUUAAAUUAUUUACAUUAUUUUAGUUUUUAAUGUAAGAUACAUGUAAAUUACAGGUAAUGUAAAUAACCCGAAAAAUAGACCAUUUACCCAUCACUGGCUAGCACUAUACAGACUUCAGUAAUUACAUAUAAAUGAUAUUCUUCUACAUAAGCGAAUGUUAAUGAUUACUCAGCAAAUUUAAGGAAACUUCUAGGUAAUCAAUAACAAAAUUUUGACUGAAAAUGUCAAUGUUAUCCGCUAUAGUGUAUGGCUCCUAACAGUUCCUAAAAUGCCAUAGUUUAGUGACGCUACUGUGAAAAUCGCGAUUCGCGCGUGAAGCUAUGGCAGAAGCAGGCAGAAGCGCGCAGAAGUGCACAAAAGUAUAUAUUUAAAGUAGAUAGACAAAAAAAUAAUUUAGUUUUUAUUAUAGUUUUUCAUAAAAAAAAAUAUGUUUAAAAAAAUUUAUUUUUUUUACCAAUGCUGUGAUUAGUCGUUGUUUAUGUUGUAUUUGUAUAAAUUAUUGUUGUGUAUGAAAAACAAGCGGGACAUAAGAGAGAGGGAGAGAAAGAGAAAGAGAAAGACCACAAGAGGCUCCAUCGUGCGGUUAAAAAGCUCCGGGUUGUUGCUUGGGAAGUGUUGGGAAGGGAGCGUUUUGCCAGAUAAUCCAAAAGAGCACUAAAUUUAUCCCAGUUAAAAUCAAUGAAUGAAUUUAACAAUAAAUAUUUACAAAUAUUUAAAUGAUAAUAUAUGUGAUCUGUCAAUUUAAUUAAUACGGCCUACUUCCACUCAUGUAAUGAAUUAUUGUGUGCUAAUUGAAUUUUAUGUUAAAUUUAAAAUAUACGGUAAAGAGUCUAAGUGAGUCAAUUGUUUCUCGGCGGUGCUCAUUAAACAAAAUUAUAUCAACUAAAUGAAAAAUUAUUCUAUUCUAAAAAUUAUUUCUUUUGUUUUUUUAAAUAAAUGAAUGAAAUAUGUGAAGAUACGAUAAAAAUUAAAACAAUUUUUACUGACUUGAUAGAAAUAAUGGUUUGCAAAAAUAAAACAACUCGAAUAUUAUUCCACUUAAAUUUGCGUAAUUUUGUCAAUUUCUAUCUUCAUUGUUCUUCUUUUUGUUUUUAAAACUACUUGACAAUCAUUUGUAUUCAAGAUUAACCGAUUAAAUUAUUUUUUUGUAAUUUUAAAACCGAACCUGGAGGUGUUACAAGUGAUAAGAUUUUGUAGUAGAAGAGGUGUGGUGUACGAUGAGUAAAAGUCAAAAGACUGUUGAAAAUCAACACCGAGAUGACAUUUCUUCGUUUGAACCGCGUAAAAUUAAAAGAGAAAAAAAUGAUCAUUUGGAAAUACAAGAUAUUAAUUUAACAAAUAAUGAUCAAGAUCAUCAUCAACAAAUUCGUCUUUGUACUAGUGGACCAAAACAAUCAAAUGGCUUUCAUAUUGGUGAUAUUUUACAGGAUGUCAUUACAGUCAAAUCUCUACCAAAUAGCCCUGCAGCAAAAAAUGAUAAAAUUCGUCUUAUGAUUGAAGAUAGUUUGAAUGAUGAUUCUAAACACAAAGUACAAGAUGUUUUUCUUCGUGUUGAUCAGCUUAAAGUUGAAGAAAAAUUGUUAUUAUAUUUAAAAUUACCAGCAUCACUUACAAAUCUUGGUGGUGUUACUGAUCCGCUUCGACAACCUUUAAAUCCACUUGGUAAUCGCUAUGAAAUUCAUCAAACUAUUAUGUGGAUCAGAACACAUCUUGUUGAAGAUCCUGAUGUGUCAUUGCCAAAGCAAGAAGUAUAUGAGGAGUACAAUCAUUUUUGUACGCAAAAUUCGAUGAAACCAUUGUCAACAGCUGAUUUCGGAAAAGUUAUGAAACAAGUUUAUCCCAAAGUACGGCCAAGACGGCUUGGAACACGUGGAAAUUCGCGUUACUGUUAUGCUGGUAUGCGAAAACGUCUUAAUCUUAGCACACCAACUCUUCCUGAAAUCACAGGAAUACCAGAGGAGAAUGAAUUUGACGAGCCAAUAACUGAAAAAAUGCUUGGCGCAGCAUCAAUUUUGAUUAGAGAAUGGGCUGAGAGUGUUUUAGGUUUAAAAUUUUCAUCUCUUUGUGCUCUAGCACGUUAUUUGGUUGAAAAUUUUUAUGUUGAUACAUUGUCUUUGUCUGCAAUUUGUAUACUGAGUUCAACAACUAGUGAUGUCAAGCCAACAACACCAAAAAUACCAGAAACACCUCCAAGUUUAUCAACAACUCCAGUUGGUGGAAAAUCUGGUAAGCUUAGAGACGCACAAAUACAAUUACAAAAAAAAUUACAACAACGGGAACAUAUGCAAAAGGAUCAAGUGCAAAAUCAACAGGGUAAAGAUAAAACAGAUCUUAUAAUUAACAGCGCAAAUCAUGAAAAAUUAACGGGCAUUGUUAAAACUAAAAAAACAAAUAAAAAUAAUCAAGUUACAAAUCAAUCACCACAGACAAUCAUCAUUCAAAAUACACCAAUUAAAUCACAAUCAUUGUCAACAACACCAACAAUCCGAUCAAGAAAAUUACAUAGAUCAAUGAGUCAAAUUUCACCUCAAUUAAACUGUGAUACAACGCCUUCUAAUGGCUCAUUAUCAACAAAAAAUGACGAUGAUAAUAAUAUAAUGAAAAAAGAUGGUAAAAUAACUGCUAAAAAUUCACGUAAACGUGUUAGUAUUGAUUCAACAAUAAAUUCAAGUGAAAUAAGUCCAGAAAAACAAGCUAAAUUAAAUGAUUCAAAUAAAAAUAUUGAAGUGUUGGAAUUAAAAAAAAAAUUAUCGAUGGUGCCUUCGAGUACACUUAAGUCUAAACAAGAUUCAGAAAAAAAUUCAGAAGAUCACAAGAAAACAGAUAAAAUUAAUGGAACAACAAAUAAUCAACAAUUAGUCGAUGAAAAUCAUUCUAGUAGUUUGAAAAAAGAUGAAGUGAAGAUAUUGCGUGAAAAUUCAAAUAUAGAAAAAAAUGAUAAAUUCUGUACAAUUGAUAAAGAUGCACUUGAUGAUUAUUUGAAUGGUGGUAAUAAUUCACAAGAACCAGAAGAAGAAUUGUUACAAUAUUUUCAACAAUCAAAUUCAUCAAGUUCAGAUGCUGAACAAACAACUACAGCUAUUGCAAUGGAAGAUAAUCAAGCAUCAAGACUCGAUAAAGUAUCACAAUUACGUAUUAUUCUUCAACAGAAUCUCAAAGGUACAACAGUACGUUCAACAACUGUUGAACCAUCAACAUUAGCAUUAUUAAAUGCAACAGCAACAACAACGACGCCAACAUCAACAGCAACAACAACGACGCCAACAUCAACAGCAACUACUUCUUCUACUACUACUACUACUACUACUACUACUACUACUACUACUACAACGACAACAGCAACAACAACACUACAAACAAUAUUACCAAGUGAAAUAAUUCAAAAACAUGAUAUAAUAUUACCAACAAUUUUAAAUAAUCAUGAUAAUGCGAUAAUGAAUCCAUCAAAUUCAUCAAGACGUCGUGUUAGUUUUGAAACAAGUGUUAUUGAUCAUAGCCAGGAAUUGAAUUAUGCUGUUAACACACUUAAUGUAAUACCACAAAGUCCAAAUACACGUAGAAGAAUAUUUAAUUUUACACCAAUAUCACCGGGUCCACAUUCACCAAUCAAUGGUAGAGCUGCGUCAAAACCUGGAUCAGAAAAUGCAAGUCCAUUUGUAUCGCCUCGUAAUACCCCAGUACCAAGAUCACGAAGUAAUAUGGCUGGUGUUUGUAGAUCAAGAACACAAAAACAAUUAUUGUCCAGAUCAACAUCAUGUUCAGCACCAUAUACUGGUGGAGGUCGUCGUAUAAAUAAUUUUGUUGUGCCAACAAGCUCAACAGCUCAACUAUCAACCUCAAAUUGUAUAAAUAAAAACAGCAAUAGUAGUUGUACAGUUAAUGUUCAAACUGAUGAUACAAAUACAACUGGAUCAAGACUUAUAAACGAGGAUGAUAAAAAACCAUUAACAUGUACAUCAUUUUUAUCAAGUGAUAUUGGAAAUAGUGAAAAACAAUUGGUUAUUAAUUAUCCAAGUCAGGAAAAUCUUCAAGAAAUAAAAAACAAUCAUCGACGUAGUCAACCAGCUGAUCAAGAAAUAAGUGAAUUAUUUAAUAGUGUCAAGACAUUUGGUAAUGAACAAUAUUGUCGUUCACAAUCUGUACCACUUCAUAGAAUGCUUAAUCCAAAUUUUAUGUCACCAAUAUCAACAUCAUUUCCAAGUACAUACUUUGAUUUAUCAAGUAGUAGUUCAAUUGCUCCAACACCAGUGCCAAGUGAAUAUAAUGAUUUUGGUUCAACUUAUUUGCUUGAUGAAGUUGAUGCUAAUUUUAUCGGUGAUGAUCAACAAUUUUUAAUGGAAACUAAAGAAAUAUCUCCGGAAAAUAUUAAUAAAAUUCUUAAUUUUUUGAAUGAAGAUGAUGGUAAAAAUAUUAAUGAAAGUUUAAUUGAUGAUGCAGGAUUAGUAAUGUUAGAUACGUUACCAAAUUCAUCUAAUUUAACAUUAUCUGAGAAUAUACUUGAUCCAAACACUAUUUUGAAUACAUCAGUUAGUGAUACAAUUAAUAAAUUUAUACAAUCUAGAUCAUAUCCAAAUACACCUUUGCCUCCAGUGACUUCAUCAUUUCCACCAGCUUUUACGGAAGACAGUAAUAGCUCUCGUUCAUAUCCAUCAACUCCACUUCAUACUAUACAAUCACAAGAUAUUUAUCGUGAAAGCAAUGAGCCAAUGUUAUCCAGUCCAACGCUUAAUUCACUUAACUUAAGAUCAGAUACAGGUAAUGCUGGAUCAGCUGAAAGUGUUUGCAGAAAUGUUUCAGAUUUAUUGGAACCAAAUUUUUUGGCUGACUCAGGUAAUGACGCUGAUGAUUUAAAUACUUUGAGUAAUUUUGAUGGAUUACCCGAUGUUGAUUCACUUGCACCGCUUUUCAAUGAAGUAUCUGAUGCCAAUCGUUAAUA